UGGCGUCGCGUGCACGGUGCCGAUGAUCCCUCGUUUCGCCGCGUUCGUGUUCGGGUAGUUGCGGUGUGUACGGACUACGGCGUCCGACGGAGCGUCUUAACGACAACGACGACGGAUAUUAAUUGGCGUGUAGUGUGUGUAAUACGAGAAUCGCUCGUUGAGUAAUCAGAUCAUUCGCUUGGCGGUCGUGCCGCACGUACGAACGUUACGGCGAACGGCGGUGGCGGCGGCAACGACGACGACGACAACGACGACGAGUGUCGCAGUGACGGUGAUUAAAUCGUGCAGACUUCGUCGAUACCGGCGGACUCGCGAUAAUCCUCCUGUUGUUUCCUUCUCGCCGUGAGAACCGACCUCAUCUCCGUUGGCAUGACGAAGGACGCGAUAUCUCCGUUUUCCGCGGCGAGGUAAUGUGUGUUGACGUGCGCGAGUGAUACCUCUCCGCGUAUCGUCCCUGUCCCGCCUUGCGAUCGAGGGACAACCGGCGGGUGAGAUCGUCUACAGGAGGCGGCGACGUGAACGACGACGUGACGGGGCGACGUGCGACGUCUAGCAUCUCCGCCCGACCAUGGCGGUGAAUCCGCGUGAUAUGGACGGCUUCAUGCCGCUCCUGUCAACGACGGAUAUCAAGAAGAAGCUCAACGUCGGCACCGCGCUGCUCAAUUUCCUCGGCGACUUGAGCAAGAGCAUCGAGUGCCAGGACAUCGGCAUGUUUAUCGACAACAUUAUUCCCUGGCUCGGCAACGGUAAUCCCAAGGUUGUCCAGAAUGGUUUAGAGAUCCUCACGUAUCUCGCAGAUCGGAUGGGUCACGACUUCAAACCUUACAUCUCCACCACCAUCCAGCCGACGAUAGACAGGCUAGGUGACAGUAAAGAUGCUACCAGAGAGAAGGCGCAACUGGUGCUCCUGAAAAUUAUGGAAAAGGGAUGCAUGUCGCCUCAGAAUCUUCUGGAUAGACUUCGUCCAGCUUUCAAUCAUAAGAAUGCAAAAUUACGAGAGGAGGCCCUGAUUCUGUUGACGACUACGUUGAACGAACAUGGAGCAGAUGAGAUGGCACUGUCGGGGGUAAUUCCGAGCAUCGUAAAGCUGUUGUCGGAUCCGUCGGAAAAGGUUCGGGAAACUGCUCUGAACACGCUGGCGGACAUCUAUCGACACGUAGGCGAGAGAUUACGCGUCGAUUUGCAAAGAAAACACAAUGUGCCGCAAGCCAAAAUGCUCCUGCUAAUAGAGAAGUUCGAUCAACUGAAGGCCGCCGGUGAUCUUUUACCCUUGGCAAUGUCGUCCGACGUUGGCAAAGAUACCGACGAACUUGAUCGAGCAGCGAUCAAAUCGGCUCCCGUUAAAAGGCUUAAUAUGCCUCCGAAAAGAGGUCAAUUUGGGCCUGCUAGAACACCAUCCUCUGCCUUAGCUCCUUCUGGUACUUCAUCCUAUACAGUCCCAAGGGCAGCGACCAUCAAAAGAACUCAAUCAGUAAGAUCGACAUCAGCGCAAGCCGGAGCCGUUGACGAAGAAUGCUUUAUUACUUCAUUCGAGGACGUACCUACCGUUAAUCUAUUCUCAGCGAAGGAUCUCGAAGAACAGAUGAAGAGUAUCAGGGAUACUGUGGGCGACGAUAAAAAGGAUUGGAAACAAAGAAUGGAUAGCAUGAGAAAGUUAAGAGCCAUUGUACUCGCAGGUGGCACUAAUUAUGAAAAUUUCCACGAGUGCCUAAAGAGCAUACAGCGACCGUUCGAACAGGCCUGCACCGACCUUAGGUCCCAAGUAGCGCGAGAAGCAUGUAUAACUCUCGCUUUUCUGAGUCAGAGCCUGAAGACCAAAUUCGCCAGUUUUGGCGAGGCGGUUUUGCUCACGUUAAUGAACCUCAUACAGAACAGUGCCAAGGUCAUAGCGACAGCCGGAGCGGUGGCAGUUCGGUUUAUCCUUCAAAAUACCCACUGUACUCGAUAUGUGCCUAUCAUUAUAUCAUGCGUGAGCAACAAGAGCAGAGAUAUUCGUAGGGCGUCUUGGGAAUAUUUGGCUUUAAUCCUGCAGACCUGGCCUACGCAGAUAUUGCAGAAGCAUAUAACAAUAUUGCCGGAUGCACUUAAAAAGGGCAUCGCGGAUUCUGACGCAGAAGCACGAGUCUUCGCCAGGAAAUCAUACUGGGCAUUUAAAAAUCACUUUCCAGAGCAGGCUGAGAUACUACUUAAUAACUUGGACGCGACGUAUAAACGCUCCUUGAUGUCUCUUAGCAAUAGUGGUAGUAGUAACAGCUUAAAUGUCAUGGCUAAUAUGAGAUCGUCGAGCGUUAGUCCACGUACAGCCAGACCCGUGAUGAGCGCGGCAGGUAGUACGGAAAAUUUGCAUCAGACCACGAGUCAACCGCACGGUCCGCUCAGACGUACUCCGUCCUUGCCUCGGUCUUAUCGUCAAUCUGGUAUCCCGAUACUACAAAGACCAACAGACAGUCAUUACCGAGGUACACCAGGAGUUAGAUCUACCAGCGCAAUUGAUUUGCAAGCUGCUCAAAGAGCGAAAGCGAGAUUGAUGUACGCGAAUAUGAGCAGACAAAAAGCAGCGGCACUUCCUCGUCCUACUAAAUCCCCGGAUCCCAAUGCGGUUGCUAGCCCAGAAAGAGUGGCAAGGACGAGGACAAGAGUGGCGGGAGUUUCGCAAUCUCAACCUAGUAGUAGAUCGGGUUCCCCGUCGUCUAGAUUAAGUUACGCCACGUACAAUCGUGAAAGUGAAUCACUAAUCGGCAGACCAAGGCGAUUAUCCGGACAUACUAUUGGCAGCACAAGUAACAGUCGUGAGCCGAGUCCGCAGAGAUUUGGGAGCAAACUAAGAGGGAGGAAUCUACACAUUUCGCCAACGGACAGUACUAGACCACCAGUGAUGGCGCAGAAGAUGUUGCAGAAAUCACGCGAAGCGGAGUCUGCGUUGGCGGAUGCUCUAACCUUCGACAGUAUCGAUAAUUACACCAGAAUACCGGGCAACAAAGGGGAUCAUAGUGACGACAGCGAAAACAGCAGUAUAUGCUCGGAAAGAAGUGUAGACGGUUUUAGACGAGCCAGUGAUGACAUCAAAGAGAUUAUUGAAAACUGUGCUCAUAAACAUUGGGGAGACAGAAAAGAAGGUUUAGUGGGCUUGCAACAUUAUUUGAGCAACGGAAAUACUUUGACAACAACAGAUUUGCGUAGAGUGACAGAUAUUUUUACGAAAAUGUUUAUGGAUUCUCACACCAAAGUGUUCAGUUUGUUCUUGGACACAUUGAACGAACUACUGAUUACUCACAACGAAGGUCUUGGCGAUUGGUUAUACGUUUUAUGUGCGAGGCUUCUCAAUAAGUUAGGCACCGAUCUAUUGGGAUCUAUACAAACAAAGAUACAUAAAACGCUUGAUGUUGUGAGAGAUUAUUUCCCGGGCCAACAGCUUCUACCAGCUGUGAUGAGGUAUCUGACAGAUCCAACACAAACACCAAAUUCUCGCGUGAAAGUAGCAGCAUUGACUUUUAUCACGCAGAUCGCUGAGACGGCAGAACCGUCCGCGCUAGGUAGUUCUGCAGCGACAGCACUUGCACGACUGCUCGACUGGUCGAAUGAUGGCAAAAGCCACGACGUGAGGAGACAUGCGCAAAACGCUGUGAUAUCACUUUACAAUCUUAAUCCGCCUCAAGUUACUAUGAUACUCUCCGAAUUACCAAAAUACUAUCAAGAAACAGCCUGGCCUUUAGUACAGAACCAUUUAAGGAAAUCUUCCACUUCUAGUACUCCAGCAUCACCUGGUACACCACCACCUAGAUCGCAAAAUUCGCCCGCUCGAACGAAAGCGAAAAACGAUGUUAAAGUGGACAAGACUGAAAUCGAUGGAGGAGACGAGAACUUGGAGGAAGUAUAUAAAUCUCUACGACGCACGACCGCCGAAAUCCAAAAUUACGGCUUCGAACGUUUAGAGAGAGCCACCACCAGCAAAGAUAGUGGUAUCAGCAAUAUGGCAGAUGUGGAGGAAAGAAUGGAAGGUUUGACGUUAUCCAAUUCAGGUCGAUCCUCGUCCGUUUCCUCACCGACGCAACGAGGACGAUCUGUUAGUAAUAUAACGGUGAAUGGAUCCGAUACAAUUGCCGGUGAUUUGAUUCUACCUCAAGAGAACAAUGGUUAUAAAACGCAUGGAUCAUCACCAGAUUCAACAAACAGGCCAGAAAUCGUAGACAAUAUGGUUAAAACUCUGCAAUCUAAAGUAGCGCAAACUACGGAAAAAGUAUCGGCGUUGCAAGAAUUUCAACUCUAUGUCCGCGAAGGCGAUUCGUCAUAUAUUAAACGAAAUUUCAAGAAAGUGCUCAAAGUUUUGUUAGACAGCUUAUCCAAUGACGGUAAAGUGAUACAAGUAGAAGUUCUACAAACGCUGAUCGAUAUGCUUAAGUGUUCCGAGUUGGUAGAAAGCUUUUCCUCUUACAAUGAGUUACUAAUAUUGAAAGUUAUCUACGCCUACAAGUCAGACGAUCAAAAGGUCGAUUCUUCCGGCGGUAGCGGUGGCAGAUCUCCAGUUCAUUGGAAUGCGGAAAAAUGCGCGGCGACGAUGGCCAUGGUUUUAAAACCGGAACAAAUUAUCCAUUUAGUCUCCACUAUAAUUGCUACAGAGACAUACCCAUUGAAUAUGGGCGCGAUAAAAAUGUUGCACAAGGUGGUAGAGCAUUGGGGUCGAGAAGCUAUUGAACCUCAUCUUGCCAAAGUAAUGCCUGGUCUUAUUAAGGCUUACGAUGACAAUGAGAGCGCGGUUCGUAAGAGCGCAGUCUUUUGCAUGGUGGCAAUCCACGUCGCGGUCGGCGAGGAAGCGUUGAAGCCGCACCUAAGUUGUCUGUACUCCAGUAAGCUCAAGCUACUGAACAUCUAUAUACAACGUGCGCAACAGCAAGCGAACAGUCAACCCGCGAGUCCGCGUAGUAACAGCAAGAAUUAACCAACAUCCAAUACCACGACUCUCAGGGUCGCGAUACUUAAAAGAUUCGCUCGCUUCGGUGCGCGGCAUGAGCAAGUGCUUGUUAGCUUUCUCAGUAAGUCCGAUCCAUCAUGAUGGUUGAUGACGACGGUUUUAAUAGUAUGACUCGAAAGUUUUGAUACGAUAGAGACUGAUGUGCGUAUGUGUGUGUGCGUCACUUCGCGAUGGAGUGCGAAUCGCUGUUCGAGACGACAAAGAUAUAUGCGGAAUCAACGCGACGAUAAUUGUUUUGAUGUUACGUUUAUUGAAUUAAUUGUUAAAAUAAUAAGGGCUUGUAUAGUUGGUUAAUUCUUAUUAAGAGAGUAAAGGGAAUUCGUAACAUACGGUUCGCAGAUUUUUUUCAUCUUUUAUGAGAGCAUAAAACAACUAUAUUGCUAUAAGAUUAAUUAUACGCCUUUAAGUGAGUAUCACGUAAUUUCGACUGAUACAUCUUUUAAGUACCGUUUCGUGAUACGCAAGGAGGUUUUUUUUUUCUGUGGAAAGGUUGGUGAAAUUAUUUAUGCAAUAUUAUAUAUUCCUUUACGAAAUGAACGGCUUCUUAAUUUGUUUAAUUUUGCUAAUCAUCUUUUUUAUUUUCUUACCACGAUCUUGUACAUAAUGCCAACUAUGCCGUGUUUUAUGGAUAGGAAGCCACAGUAUUUAGGAAGUCCAAUAUUUAUGUUGAUACGUACAUGAUCGAACUUUUAUUUUCAUUUUUGCAAACAGUUAAGAUUAUAAAAUAUUUUUUUUUUUCUCCCGAGACUUCAAACCUUCCAUCGCCAUAAGAAACUGAUAAUUCAACAAGAUGGAUGACAAACUGAGAGAACACAAUGCAACAUCACUGUCUACGAAUGAUUUAAAUGUCUCUCGUAAUGCGCAGCCGAAACUAAUCACGCAAAUUAAUCAGCAGAUGUUAAAAUAUGUAUAUUGUAUGCUUAUUUACAUUAGUACCGAAUUUACGUUUAGCGUCGAGCGUAAUUGCAUGUCCGGCGAUAUGUCGUGGAUGCACCUCACAGCAACGACACGUGAUACGGAAAAGUGAAAAGUGUAUAAUUUAUUCAACUGAAAUCUUCGUGCUAGUCAGAUUCCCAAGGACGCACAAUGACGUAAAAGACACAAACGGAAUAGUCGAGUCUUUUUUGAUGAACCAUGCAUAGACACAAAUAAAAUUAAACACAUUAAAUUAAAUAAUACAUACACGGAAGAAUACAUACACGUGAGAAAGAGAGAGAGAGAUUUUUAAUGUGAGAGAAUGAGAUUGCGUGGCUGAGAAAUUAGCGCGUGUUUAAGAAGCAAGCAUAAAUAAAGUAGCAGUGAUUAGUAAAUUGAUCUGCGCGGGACUAACAUUAACACUUAAACUGUUCAUCACGUUGCCAAUAAUUGAAUGAACGCUAAAUCAAACGCUAACGUAAUGAGUUUAGUAACAUUUUGUGCCAUUGUCGUUUCUGUUUACUGUAUAAGAAAAAAAAUUAUAUAUAUUCUACGUAUAAAUCAUCCCUUUUGUCCUUUUCUUACUACAUAUAUUUAGUCGAGAUACGAUAUAUAUAAGGAUAAUAAAUAUAAUUUUAUUAUGAAUUUGUCAAGGCGCAACAUUGAAGUAUUACGAGAUAUCGGAAAAAUCAUUUUUUUGGAAACGUUUUCGAUAUGGAUACGAAUAUACUGAACGUAAAACAAAUAGAGAAAAGUGAGUCACUUACGAUAGAAUAUAAAAAAUCUGAUAAUAUCUCGAUAAUUCAGCGUGAUGACGCGGUAAUUCACGUCUCGGACACAAUACGGCCAAAUAGUGCCAAAGAAAAUGCAAAAUAUUGAAUGAAUAUUAGAGUGAGGAGUAAUUUGAAAGGGAAAACACGAGACAGACGUGCUGUAUUUCUUUUACUUGGUGCCUUUGGCGUCGACGCGACGGAAUUUGAUUGAAGAUUGUCUUUCAGCAUCACCUAGAAACAAUUUUGCGGAUAACACGAUCGAGAUUAUAGAGGAGGAAAAUACACAAGGUCUUCGACUGUUGCCGACGUCGUAUAAAUGAACACUGCUUCGCGAUAAAGAAAAAAAAAGAAGAAAAAGGUCUUAUUGAUUAUUCUCGUAGCAUAGAGAAAUUUUAGAUGAACUCGAUAUUUUUUCCAUUCUGCGCUCCGAAUAGAAUCUCGGAAAGUACAUUUCACGAAUAAAUAUUUAUUUCACAUGCGAGGAAUAUUAAUUACUCUACGCUUGUGCGACACUUUAUUCAAGAUGCUGAAUUGUCAAAUUAUUGUCGAGAUAAAUAAAUGCUUUGUGGAUAGCCUCUCGUGGAAAAGACGAGACGGAUCUUCGUUGCGUAAUUAAAUAAUCGAUAUUUCGCGCGGCGAUAUUCUAAUUGAAAGAUUUAAUCGCGGAAGAUUCAAAUACGCCAUUAAGUAACCAUUUGCAAAAUCAAGUUGUAUCAAAAAGAGGGCUCAACGCUGUUCGAUAAAAUUCGCAAAGAUCCAUUUUAAAUAUACAUAUAUAUGCGACGUUUAUUUCAAAUAUGCAUCUUGCGAAUCUUGUCUUGCGUUGAAUUCGCAAUUUUCGUUACUCAAGCGCUUUGGCGAUCUAUUUGACUUCACGUCGAUUUAGGGCAUGGCCUGUGUGACACGUGGUUGUGUGUGUAUAUAUAUACAUAUACGAAAUAAUACUUAGAACGUGUAAUUAUAUUAUACGUAAUAUAAUAAUUGAUAUAUGGAUUAGGUAGCUCAUCGUCACUGCCUGCAGCGUUGGUCGUGCUGAGGAUAUGAGGCUCUCUGACACAGCCAGGCUCUGCGUGGUGAUAGUGUUUAUCGAUUCGCUUGUUCUGUUAAGUUUUAUGAGCGUUAUUAUUAUUAUUAAUAUUAUAUCGAUACUCGACUUGCGUUGUAACUGUAACUCGAUGCGUGUGUGAUAUAUAUGAGGAUUUGGCGGUGGGCGUUACGAACGAUCCUCUGCGAUAGUCUCUCCUUUCUUUUUCGAACGCGAAGCCGGAUCGUUCGGUCGCCCACGGAAAAGCUAUAAAAUGUAAGCCUCCUGCGUUAUCAUUUUAAUGUUUGUUAACAUCCGCUGUUAACUAUUUCGCGAGCAUAAUAAAUUUCGUCGUUAAGCGUUUCUGUCGUGCCCUCCCACGUGCACCGCUAUCACGUUUCUUCUUCUUUUUUUGCAGUUGCAAAUCGCAGUUUUUAUUCGUCCGCUUUGCGCGCAAUGCGAAAUGCCCAAAUCGGCGCGUUAAAUUGUCCUCCCGAUUAUUCGAUGGUUCGACUGUCGAAAAACAAAUUUCAUGUGUGUGCGCGAUGAUCGACUGACAGCGCGACUCGUGCGAUCCGCUAAACGAUACUUAUUUCUGAAAUUCGAGAAGUAAAAGCAAAGAUACUUGGAUACUUGGAUUUGAGAUUCAACAGUGUGGCAAAAAGCUCAACUUGAAAAAAGUUGAUUUCCUGAGAAAGUAUGAGUGAAUGGGCACCACAGUUAUUUAUGAAACAAAGAAUGUAUUGUAAUUAGUAAUUAUUGCGUCUAAUUAUUGCGUCUUUAUUGCUAUGAAAAUUUUACAUAUGUUCGAUUAUGUUUAAUAUAUAUCAUAUUAAAGGGGCGUGAGACACAUUUUCUUGCUGCGAACUCGAUAUAUGUAAAAAAAUCUGGAAAAGCUUAGUAAAAUUUUCAAAGAACGUUCCUUAUAAUAUGUUGCAUUAUAUUAUGAAUCAUGCAGUUCAAUUUUUAAUCAAGGAGAAAUAUUAUAUAUAUUUUA